CAAUGAAAAUAUUUUUCUUGACUGCGUGAAGAAAGACCAUCAUUUACAGAAACUUGCGACCUUCAUUUCACCACCCCUCCUCCUGUGACCCCGAUCCCCGAUGGCUGCCCCCGCUCUCUCCACCAGCGGGUUGAUCGAUCCAACAAAACAAGCCGAGUAUCCUAUUGUGCUGGGUGACAGGCUCGCUGGCAAGGGCGCAUCAGGCUCCCAGCUAGUCAACAUUCAAUAUAACUACAAAACCAAAUCUGCGACCGCCCGAUCUAAAAUCUCUCGAUCAAGGCAGUCUCGGGAUCGUUACAAUCUGACGAUCACGGAUAAAGCACCAAAUGCCGAGCAGAAUGUGCUGACCUACACCUAUCAAGGCAGUGUAGAUCCGGCACAAGCCGCGCUGGAAUCUCGUGAACAUAAUCUUGUCCUGGUAUUUGACGCCAAUCGGAAAGUGUUCGUACUAGAACCAGUAACGACACAGCUCAACUUUAAUCUUCGGUCAGCCCCAGCGAAGUCACACAAGCAGGUCCUUGAACAAUAUGAGCAACUACGAACGUUGCAGGAGGAAGACCAUGGUUCGGGUGACGAUCGGGCGUCUGACAAUGCCAGUGGUAAUGAUGACGGCCCGGCGGAUGACAACAACCCUUUUGAUUUUCGUCAUUUUCUUCCAAAGGAGAACGCCGAUGACGACAAAUCUGCUUCAGAUACCAGUGUGGGCAAAGCUGCGACACCAUUGAUGUCUGCUGUCAAACCCACUCCGAGUCCCAAGCCCGUGCCGGACAAGCAGAAGCAGCGGGAACCACUGCUCCGGAAAAAGGAGCGUGCAGAGGCUGUCAGGCUCCCGAAGUCCACACCGACAAAAGCACCCCCGAAGUCUCCGGCACGAAUCGAACGCAAGGGAACCGACCGGAAGGUCGUUAAAGAGGAUGACGUGCGGUUGAGCACAGCGAAGCCCCCGCCGGCUGAAACUGGCUUGGGAUUGGUCUCGUCCCAGGUAACUGAGCCUUCGCCGGGGUCAAAUAUCAUCAUCGACGGUGACUUGAUUAUCGAAAUGGGCUCGCCGCGGCCCUCGAGAAUUGACACGACCUACUUCUCCGAUACGCACACACCGGCCAGUGAUGAUCACGAGGAGGAAGAUGAUGAAGAUGUUGACCAUCUCCGACUUCCUUCACCAGCCCGCCACGGGAAAGCGCCUGCAGUUCGCGAGCCUGUCUCUGCGCCGCUCGCGGAUGAAGAUGAGCUGGAUGACGAUGAUGCCCUAGCCGCUGAGAUGGAGGCGGCCUUUGAAGAAAGUGCGCGGGAGGAAGAAGAGGCACGUAGCCACCAGUCGCAGCCACCAUACUCGUCACAUCUGUACCACGCACCUAGUGAGGAUGAGAGCGAGGUCAGCGAGGAAGAGUAAUACUGUCCCUUUUACGACUC